UCUCCUUUCACCAGCGGGUCAGGGGAGAGAUUUCCAGGGCAGCUUCCGUGCAGCCUCUCCCCUCGGAGCUCAGACAGCAGCAGCAUGACGAUGAUCCUCGGUUACUGGGACAUCCGCGGGCUGGCCCACGCCAUCCGCCUGCUCCUGGAGUACACAGACUCCAGCUACGAGGAGAAGAAGUACACGAUGGGGGACGCUCCCGACUAUGACAGAAGCCAGUGGCUGAGUGACAAAUUCAAGCUGGGCCUGGACUUCCCCAAUCUGCCCUACUUAAUUGACGGGGCUCACAAGCUGACCCAGAGCAACGCCAUCCUGCGCUACAUUGCUCGCAAGCACAAUAUGUGUGGGGAGACAGAGGAAGAGAAGAUUCGAGUGGACAUUUUGGAGAACCAAGCUAUGGAUGUCCGUUUGCAGAUGGCCAGGAUCUGCUACAGCCCUGACUUUGAGAAACUGAAGCCUGGGUACUUGAAGGAGAUCCCUGAAAUCCUGAAGUGCUUUUCCGAGUUUCUGGGGAAGAGGCCUUGGUUUGCAGGGGACAAGCUCACCUAUGUGGAUUUCCUGGCUUACGAUGUCCUUGACCGGAACCGCAUAUUUGAACCCAAGUGCCUGGAUGGAUUCCCAAACCUGAAAGACUUCAUCACUCGCUUUGAGGGCCUAAAGAAGAUCUCUGCCUACAUGAAGUCCAGCCGCUUCCACCCAAACCCAAUGUUUCUAAAGAUUGCUGUGUGGGGCAACAAGUAGAGUCCUGGAAGGCCAGGAGAUGAAAUAAGGAGCCAGUGCUGUGUUUGCUGUGCCAGCACCCUGGAGAACACCUGGACUUCCUUGCACCCAGAACCAUCUUUCCUUUUCUUUCUCCUUCUAUUCACUCUAGGUGCCCUAUUGACCCCCUUAUCUCCCUCCCAAUCCCUUUCCAUCCAUCCUUUCAAGCUUCAGUCCCCACUUAUCUUCAGCAAAGUUCCUCUCUCACCCCAUGUUAUCCCUCCUUCGCUAAAACCAACCUACUAUCCUUCCCUUCCAUUGUUGCUUCUGUUCUGAGGAGCCAAACCAGACCCCUGGUUCAGAGAGCUCUGCUCUCAACUCCCAGCACUGCCCUGAAGACAAGUCCUGGCUUGGUGUAUAGGCCCUGCUUUCCAGUGUGGUUCCUGCCCAGCCCUGUUUGAUCCCCGGUAAAGCCUUAAUCAUACCUGCUGCAUUAUUUGCUCAGGUUUCCUGGAGUCAUGACUGAUUGUGUUGGGCAUAAGGGGGUCCAUUUUCCCCCGUUGUCCAUUGCAGGGACUCCAUGAAUGAGGAUGCAUAUGUGUGUAGGGUAGAGGGUAGGAUUAUAAUGUUUCUUGCUCAUUUCUAUUUCCACUUCAGGUAUCUCUGUUCCUGAGCAUGGGGUCUCUAUAGAAGGGGGCCCCUUCUGUGCCUGGUUCCUUCUUUAAUUCAGCAUUCAUGCUACACCCCCUGUAGACUUGUAGUACUCUGUAUCAUAGUUCAGGGGGCUCUUGGGUGCUGGGGGAAGGGGUUGAAUAGUCCAUUGGUAGUUUUGGAUCCUCAUGGAAUACCUUCUGUCACCCUUCAUGGAAACUUUUCCGCUUUAGAUAUUCUUCCUCUGUGUUCUUACAACAUAUCUCAAUAAAACAUACCAGACUGUAUUAUAA